CACACACACACACACACACAAGUGCACGCUGUCUGGCUGAUUAGCUUGCGAGGGCUGUCUACAGCAUCCAGCGAGACGGCGCUACAGGAGGCAGCAGGGCUUUGCUACGGCGGAGGAAAGAAAGAGGAAGGAAAAAUAAGGGGAGCCUGAAGCUCUUGGAUUAGUUUCAACCUCAGACAUAAUUUAACCAGCCCAGAGAGACACCAUGGAGUGACUGGGAUACUGCGGGGGAAGCUACUGGGAGGAGGACUGUGUACUGUGUGUGUGUUGGGAUCAUCGCUGAGGCACAUACGAGGCAGAUGCAGCAGGAGGACGACUGGGCCCGGCCACUGGAUCCGGUGCGUUGUGGGGGAGGGGCACUUUGCAGAGUAGACGCAACGCAAGGAGACGAGGAGAGAGCCUGUUUUUCCCCACACCGAGAGCUCUGAUGUGAUUCUGUAGCCUGACCAACCAUCUGCUAGCUACAUUACAGGCCUGGCUCCCUAUUUCUCUAUCUCUGUCUCUCCUUCCUUCUCUUUCGCUCUCCAUUGCCGUUCGUCUCCCUCUCUCUCUGUCACUCUCUGUCCUCUUCCUCUGUCCCAUCGCUCAAUACUACGGUCAUCUUUCCCACCCUGUCGUCACCGUCUUUCCAUCCCUCCAGCCUUCUAAGCUCCUCUGUCCUCUUUUAUCUCCGUCUGUCUGUCUGUCUGUCUGUCUGUCUGUCUGUCUGUCUGUCUGUCUGUCUGUCUGUCUGUCUGUCUGUCUGUCUGUCUGUCUGUCUGUCUGUCUGUCUGUCUGUCUGUCUGUCUGUCUGUCUGUCUGUCUGUCUGUCUGUCUGACCUUCUAUCUUUCAUUACAACAUCUUGGCUUUUCUCCCUUUCCUCUCCUCCUCCAUUGCCUCUCUUUGCCCUUCAGACGGUCCCCCUCUCACUCUCCAUCUUCUCCCAUCCUAUCCUCCCCCUCUCCCCACUCUGCUGUUUGAUUUGGGUCAGUUCUGCUCACCAGCUGGGAUGAGAUGUAGUCUCUGGAGCUUGGGGAUCCAGGGGGCUCCUGGCCUGCCGUUUGCGGGGCACCCUCAUCUGUGGACCGUCCUCACACUGGGGCCCAUAUCUGGACGCACUGGGUGGGUGGCCUGCUUCCAGGAGAACUGAAUGUAGGGACGGACUGUGAGCACCAGUGGACCCUGUCCCUCUCCCCCUUCACCCCUCGCCCCCCCCAUCCUCGGCGGGGGGAAGCUGUCGCUCUGGAGUGUCCCGGCCUGGCCGGCUGCGGCCUACACGCUGCCCACACGCUGACGACGAAUCCCUCCUCAUGCUGCUGGGACACCUGCAGCGCCCCCACCCCCAGCCCGCUCCACUACCGGUCCUCCUGUCUGGGCAAGCGCCCCUCGCCCCCCGUCACCCUAAGCAUGGGUGUGGUAGAGGCCAUUGACCCCGCCUCGCCGUCCCCUUGCCCCUCGCCCGUGCCAGGCGGCUACCGGCUGCCCCACUCUUCCACCAGCUACAGCCAGCUGCAGGGGAGGGGAGGAGGGCCAGACCUGGAGCUGGACCUAGGUGCGGCUGCCGGUGGGGUUCUGGAAGGUUCUGGGACGGCAGCGGAGCGCAGGACACCUCUAGUAGACCUGUUCUGUGAGACCUGCUCGAGACCAUGGCUCAUUGGAUGGUGGGACCAGUUUAAGAGGAUGUUGAACCGGGAGCUAUCUCACCUGUCAGAGAUGAGUCGUUCAGGGAACCAGGUGUCUGAAUACAUCUCCACUACCUUCCUCGAUAAGCAGAAUGAGGUAGAGAUCCCGUCUCCGACCCUGCGGGAGCGGGAGCGGGACAAGCCCAUGUGUCAUAUCAGUGGAGUGAAGAAGCUGACACACAGCUCCAGCCUGUCCAUCAACACCACCAUGCCACGCUUCGGAGUCAAGACUGAACAGGAGGAUGCACUGGCCAGGGAGCUGGAUGACUUGAAUAAGUGGGGCCUUAAUAUCUUUCGUCUGGCUGAGUUCUCCAAUAAUAGGCCUCUCAGCUGUAUCAUGUUCGCCAUCUUCCAGGAGAGGGAUCUGUUGAAGACGUUUCGAAUCCCUGUCGACACCUUUGUGACCUAUGUUAUGACCCUGGAGGACCACUACCAUGCCAACGUGGCCUACCACAACAGCCUCCACGCCGCUGACGUCACACAGUCCACCCACGUCCUGCUGUCCACACCGGCUCUGGACGCUGUGUUCACUGAUCUGGAGAUCCUGGCUGCGUUAUUUGCUGCUGCCAUCCAUGAUGUGGAUCACCCUGGCGUGUCCAACCAGUUCCUCAUCAACACCAACUCGGAGCUGGCUCUGAUGUACAACGAUGAGUCAGUCCUGGAGAACCACCACCUGGCCGUGGGCUUCAAGCUGCUCCACGAGGACAACUGUGACAUCUUCCAGAACCUCAGCAAGAGGCAGAGACAGAGCCUGCGCAAGCUCGUUAUCGAUAUGGUGUUGGCGACGGAUAUGUCCAAGCACAUGAGUUUGCUGGCUGAUCUGAAGACCAUGGUGGAGACGAAGAAGGUGACCAGUUCAGGAGUACUCCUGCUCGACCAUUACACUGACCGCAUCCAGGUGCUGAGGAACAUGGUGCACUGUGCGGACCUAAGUAACCCCACCAAGCCCUUGGUCGUGUACAGAGAGUGGACUGAGCGCAUCAUGGAGGAGUUCUUUAGACAGGGGGACAAGGAGAGGGAGAGAGGCAUGGAGAUCAGCCCCAUGUGUGACAAACACACUGCUUCUGUGGAGAAGAGUCAGGUGGGCUUCAUCGACUACAUCGUGCACCCUCUGUGGGAGACGUGGGGGGACCUGGUGCACCCUGACGCCCAGGACAUCCUGGACACUCUUGAGGACAACAGGGACUGGUACCAGAGCACCAUCCCUCAGAGUCCCAUCUCCCCACCCCCAAUGCCCCUCGGCCCAGACAAGAGGCUCAACGCCUGCAUUGACAAGUUCCAGUUCAAGCUCACCUUGGAUGACGACACGGAGGGAGGACAGGAGGAGGAAGAGGAGGAGGAGGAGGAGGAGAGGAAAACCACCCCCAAUCACAUGGUGCUGGACUGCAGUCAGGGAGAGGAGGAAGACAAGAAAGAAGAGGAGGAAGGAGAGGACGUGGUGAAGGGUGAAAAGGAAGGAGACAUCAUCGAGGAGGAAGGGGAAGUAGGGAUGGAGGAGGAGGAGGAGGAGGAGAAGAGGGGAGUUCUUCAGCGAGCUCAGUCAGGGGUGGAGAUACACUCUGACACAAGCCCCGUGGAGGACGAGGAGGAGGAAGACUCCUCCUCACCAGCUGAUGACACAUGAGUUCCGCUCCUCUCUCCCUGGCCACACCCCACAUGCACACACCACGCCCCUGUUGUCCAUCCUUUAUUUCCGAUGGCCAAAACCCAAUAUCAAAUAAGACUACAUAGACAAUAGACCUUUAAAUCUAUUUUUCAAAAAGGGAACACAAAUAAUAUUGCUUAAAGAAAAGCUAUUUACACAGCAACUGUAGAUUUGGAGUGGGAGCUGGAGAAGUUUCUUCCAGCUGAUGCUUUGAGGAACUGCUAUGAGGACAAAGAGGAACAUAGAGAAUCGUUAAUAAUGGGCCAUUGAAGACAGUGUAGCACUGGAACUGAAACACACACACAUAAACGUACACAAACUCACAUCCACACAAACUCACCUCCACACAAACUCACCUCCACACAAACUCACCUCCACACAAACUCACCUCCACACAACUCACCUCCACACAA